AUGUCCCUCACUCGUCUCGUCUCAUCACUCACCGAUUCCUCUCUCUCAUCUCUCCUCUCUGCGUCUCCCCGUGCAUCGCGCCGUCCUCAAGCACAGCAUCCCGCCGGCUCUCUCGAACGCAGGAUCAACCACGCUCCUCCACCCUCAGGUCGCAACUCUCGGAGCUCCGACGUCCUGGCUCACCGCACUCAGCCGCCUCGGCGCCCCCAACUCUCAUCGGGGAAGUCCUCUCUCCAGCCACCACUCGACUCCUCACAAGCCACUUCGUCCCCCUCACUCUGA